CAGGGGAUAAGGGAGGAUUCUCAGCUGGCCACUUCCACCCGCUAGGCAGCUGAGCCCUGGGCCCACUUAGCUUGGGUGCGCACAAAGGAGGGCUGGGUGUCAGGACUAAGUACCGGCUUUCCGGGGGGCGGGCAGUGACCCUUCCACGCUUCUCCUUGUACUGCUCAGUUGGGAAGCAGCGCUGGGGCAGGGAAGCCCUUCCAGCCCCUGCCUACCCCUCUCCUUCCCCCUUCCUGCAGCUCUCCCCUUCUUCUCGCCUGCUGCUGUCGGCCCCGCCGCGCCUAUCGCCCUUUCCCCCCCUCGGCGGGGUCUGUCAGGCCUGGGUCGCCCCCCCCCCCUUCGCUUGCUGUGAGCAGCAGCAGCGGCAGGGUUAACGCUGAGGAAUGCAGCGGCGAGGAAUGUGCAUGCAGAUGAGAUGGAUGUUAAUCUCAUGCUAAUGAGCAGCGGCGGCGACUGCUGCCCGGGGCUGAGCCGGGCUCCCCGUUCUGAACCCAGACAGUGGCUGGGCUCAGCCCGGAACCCUGCCCUGGUGCUGCUGGAGCAGGCGGCGGCAGCCUAGACAUGGUGGAUUGAACCCGAGCAGUGGAGGAGGGUUUCCUGAGUGAUUGCAAGAGACUCUCUGCUUCCCCCCCGCCCCAGGCCCAGCUCCGGAUCCCCCCUCCCCGUCCCCCGGCUCUACUGGGGGCUUUUCCCGCUUCCCUUCUUUCUUCCUGGCCCUAUGGAGCAGCUACCCCCGGCGCCCGACCAUGCCUAGGAAAGCGGGCAAUGGGCAGCUCCCCUUACCCGAUGGCUGGGAGGAGGCGAGGGAUUACGACGGCAAAGUCUUCUACAUUGACCACAACAACAAGCAGACCAGCUGGAUCGACCCCCGGGACAGGUUAACAAAGCCUUUGUCAUUCGCGGAUUGUGUUGGUGAUGAACUACCAUGGGGAUGGGAAGCUGCAUAUGAUCCUCAGAUUGGUGUCUACUAUAUCGAUCACAUAAACAAAACCACACAGAUAGAAGAUCCCCGAAAACAAUGGAGGCAAGAACAAGAGCGAAUGCUAAAAGACUAUCUCAUGGUAGCGCAGGAUGCUCUCAGUACCCAGAAGGAGCUGUACCAGGUGAAAGAACAGAGACUAGCACUCGCCCUGGAUGAGUAUGUACGUCUGAAUGAUGCCUACAAAGAAAAAUCAAGCUCUCGUACCAGCUUAUUCUCAGGCUCCUCAUCCAGCACAAAAUAUGACCCUGACAUUCUGAAGGCGGAAAUCUCCACUACAAGAUUAAGGGUUAAGAAGUUGAAGAGGGAACUCUUUCAUAUGAAGCAAGAACUGCUCUAUAAAGAACAGGGCUUUGAAACACUGCAACAAAUUGAUCAAAAAAUGUCUGGCGGUCAGAGUGGGUAUGAACUGAGUGAAGCCAAAGCCAUUCUGAGCGAGCUGAAGUCUAUCAGAAAGGCCAUAAGCUCAGGAGAAAGAGAAAAACAAGAUUUAAUACAGAGCCUUGCAAAGUUGAGAGGGCGAUUUCACGUUGACCAGACCGUUGGGAGAUCUGAACCAGAUUUGAGGUCCAGCUCUGUAAACUCUCAGUUGUCUCUCUCUAGACAGACUCUGGAUGCAGGGUCUCAGACAGACAUUUCUGGCGAUAUUGGAGUGAAAAGUAGAUCAAAUUUAGCUGAAAAAGUCAGACUAAGUCUUCAAUAUGAAGAGGCAAAAAGAAGCAUGGCAAACUUAAAGAUUGAACUAUCUAAAUUAGAUAGUGAGACCUGGCCUGGGGCACUGGAUAUUGAGAAGGAAAAACUGAUGCUGAUCAAUGAAAAGGAAGAGCUUUUAAAAGAACUCCAAUUUGUCACACCACGCAAACGCACUCAAGAUGAGCUAGAGCACCUGGAAGCAGAAAGAAAGAGGCUGGAAGAAGAGCUGCUGUCUGUGAAAAGCACUCCUAGUCAAGCACUUGCUGAGAGUCUCUCCGCCAGUACGUUAUCUGUGUCUUCAGGGAGCAGCCUAGGAUCUCUGGCAUCCAGUCGGGGGUCUCUGAACACAUCCAGCAGGGGGUCGCUAAACUCCCUCAGCUCCACGGAUCUCUAUUAUAACCAAGGCGAUCAAAUAACAGACUUGGACUAUCAGUAUAAACUUGACUUCAUAUUGCAAGAAAAGAGUGGUUACAUUCCUUCUGGGCCGAUCACUACCAUUCAUGAAAAUGAGGUGGUCAAUUCCCAUGGGAGACUGGGUUACAGUGACUCUUCUGGAUCUUUGGCAGCAGGCCACGCUCCAAAAUUGACUGAGCCACCCAAAUCUGUGACAUCACUGUCUUCAAGAUCCUCCCUUUCUUCCUUGUCCCCGCCAGGGUCUCCUUUGGUUUUGGAAGGUGCAUUUUCAGUGUCUGCCCAAGGUUCCCCCCUGCACCACCUCAUCACAGACUUUGAAGACUGUGAAUUGCCUGGUGAUUUUGCAGGCAUUAGUCUCUGUGAGAACCAAAUGUCAUUGGACUCUGAAGCCAGAGCAACAUCACAAGCUCUUACAGAUGAUAAAGAUCUCAAUGAAAGUGUUAGGCAGCCUUUGUCAUCUUUACGUGAAGGAAAUGCAGGUGUCGACUUACCAAGAAGAGCAGUAAGUCAGCUGCUUGAGGAGAAAGCAACUUGUGUAUCUGCUGCAGUGUCUGAUGAGUCUGUGGCUGGAGACAGUGGUGUAUAUGAAGCUUCUGUAAAACAACCAAAUGAAACUGAAGAUGCUGUAUAUAGUGAAGAUGACACGACAAUUCUAGAGGCUGCCCAGGUGCAAAUAGGACUUAGAUAUGACCAAAGCAGUUCAAGUUUUGUGGUAAUUGUAAUGCAGCUCAGAAAUCUUCAUGCCUUCUCUGUCCCCUUUGGUUCCAGAGUGUAUUUUAGGGUAGCAGUACUUCCAUCCUCAGUUGACAUCAGCUGUCUGUUCCGCACUAAAGUCCAUCCUGCUAUGGAAACCAUUUUAUUCAAUGAGAUAUUCAGAGUAGCCAUUUCCCAAGAAGCUUUGCAGCAGAAGACAUUACAUGUAGAUGUUUGUUCUGUCAGUAAAACUCGACGGGAAGAAUGCCUGGCUGGAACUCAGCUCAGCCUUGCAGAUUUAUCAUUUUCUAAUGAGACCUAUACUCUGUGGUAUAAUCUGCUGCCCUGCAAGCAAAUUCCUGGCAAAAAGAACAAGGAACAAAAUGAGGAAUCGGUGUUUCUGCCUUACAAGCAAUUGUCAGGCUCGUUGGACUUGGAUGCUGUCUCGGCUCUGCUGGAGAGGACAUCUGCUGAGCUGGAAGCGGUAGAGCAAGAGCUGGCGGAGGAGGAGGAGGAGGAGGAGGGGCAGGAGAACAGGGGUGCUGAUGAAGACUGGUUAGAAAUGCUAGCAGAGGCGUCUGAUGAAAUUGUGGAUGAAAAGGAGGAUGGAGUUAAAUUGGCAGAGGAAGGCGGAUAUACAGAUAACUUGAGAUUAUGCACCGAUACAGCAAAGACAGAUGAAAACAAGGGUGGGAAAGAAAGUGACCACGCUGAUGCCCCUGGCAAUCAGUUAGCUGCUGUAGUCCCAACACUGGUUGAUAAAGAGACUAAUACUGAGGAAGCAGUUAAUGAGAAUAUGGCAGUCCGACCCAAGGACAGAGCCAGCUUGAGCUCUAGACAGCGUCCCUUUGUCAGGAACAGCAUGCUAGUGCGCUCGCAAACCUUCUCUCCAGGAGAGCGGAACCAGUACAUCUGUAGGCUGAAUCGAAGUGACAGUGACAGCUCAACACUGGCCAAAAAGUCUCUCUUUGUGAGAAAUGCCACAGAACGACGGAGCUUGAGAGUUAAAAGGCCUGCAUGCCAGUCGAUCAUGCGAAGAGCUACGCAAGAGCACCCUGUACGCACUUCUCUUGACUUGGAGCUGGACCUCCAGGCAUCUCGGACGCGACAGAAUCGGCUGAACGAUGAACUUCAGGCACUGCGCAAUCUUAAACAGAAGCUUGAGGAGAUGAAAGCCAGAGGAGAGACUGACCUUCCCCAGUGUGUGUUGGAGGAUGAGCGAUUCCAAAAGCUCUUGAAACAAGCUGAAAAGCAGGCUGAACAAUCAAAGGAGGAACAGAAACAGGGUUUAAGUGCUGAAAAAUUGAUGAGAAAAGCUUCCAAGGAUGUAUGUCGGUUACGGGAACAGAGCCAGAAAGUGCCACUGCAAGUGCAGUCGUUCAGGGAGAAGAUAGCUUACUUCACAAGAGCAAAGAUCAACAUACCAUCCCUACCAGCAGAUGAUGUAUAAUUACAUUUUUCAUUGAAGUAUUUUUCCACUUGCUCAUCUUUUUAGAUGAACGUUUUGUAGUUGUAGCCUCCUGCUUUUAAAGAUCUUCUAUUUUACAUCCAACUAUAAAGAUGUUCAUUUGUAAAAUACAGCGAACUGAGUUCUUGUAUGUUAAAAGGCGCAAAAAAACAAACAGACCACAACUACCAGAAAACCAAAGUAGAACAAUUCUGGUACACCGAUGCUAAUUUUGUACAGUUUGUAUGUAUCGCAUGUGUGCUCUUAUUUUGUAAAGAUGGAACAAAGGAAAGUGUGUAUCCUGUUGAACCGCACUGUGUUGAGAAAUAUUACGUUCAACAGAAGAUUGUUUAUCUUUUCACUAUUUUCACGUGAGCAGACUGUGAAGAUGGCUGUUAUGCCAUGCAAUAUUUUUGUACAAGUGUGACUUUUAUAGUUUGAAAUUAACCAUGAAUGCAAGCUCCUUUCCAAAACAGCAAGGCUGCCUCGUAACAGGUGCUGUUUAGAUUUCUGUCACCUACAUUGGGAUUUUGUUUCUGAAAAAGAUUUCUUGAUUGUCCUUUUUAUUUCUAUGAAGAAAGAACAUGGAAUACUGAGUGCAGGAAUAUCAUUUUGUGAAUGUACAGUACUUUGGGCUGCACUGUACAGUACUUUGCAUCUGCAAGGUGGGGUGGGGGAAGGGAAGGGUAGACCAGUAACCCUAAAACCUCUUAUAGUGAAACUACCAAAAGGGCAGCUGCUUUCUGAAACUGAAGCUGAAUCAAAUUCACAUCAAGGUGUUUAUAUAUGAGUAGUCCUACCACUGCGCUGUAAAAUCUUACAUUUAAAUGUAACCUUUUGACCUAAAUGUUUUUUACAUACUGCUUGUUGACAAAAGUAAACAAGAUCAGGUUCAUGAAAAAUUAAAUCUGUGCUGUUGUCAGAAGAGGAAAAACUACCCAUCAAAUUCAUAAUGAAUCCACUGACUCAAGUACCAGAAGUAUUGUUGGUAUAGAAAUCCAUACUGGAAAAGUCUGUGACCUAGAAAACCAAAUAUUUCAGUAGGAUGUGUACUACAGUUCUCAUUAUUUUUUUUAAAGUAAAUAAAACACAAGCUGUUUUUCAGAAUAAUGAUGGUUCAAGUUGAACAAGCUUAAGGAGUAAAUGUGAACAAGAUGUCUAUCAAAAUAGAAUUUUAGCUUAUCUGACCAGACCUUUUUGUUACAAAAUGUGGGUGUGCUUGUCAUAAUCCCUGGGGAAGCAUGCUACUGCAUCAGAUGUGGAAUAAAGCAUCUACAACUGUUUGGUAAAACAAAACUUUGUGGUUGAUCUUAUCGCCAAAACGAUGUAACUAAACUUGUAUCUACAGUACAUAAUCUCUGAAGAUUUUUGAAAAAAAUGUUAAAUUCAAAGUUGUUGUUUUUUUUAAUUCUGUGGAUAGAAUCUUUGUCCUUAACCUACAGAUUAUAUUGACAAGCCACCUAUACAUAGUACUUCACUUUUCCAGAAAGUAAUUAGUCUUGUUGAAAGAUGAAGAGAACAUAGCUACAAUAUGUUUGCAAAUGUCUUCUAAGUUCAAGGUAAGAAAAUUCUGUGCCUAGAAUCUUUUGUUAAACACAUCAAGGAUUUUCUUGUGCUACACAAAUACAUUUAUUAUUUCAAAUCCUUUAAAUGUAUAACUGGAUGCCACACAGUUUUGAACAAGUGCCAGUCAGGCCAACUGACUGAGCAUAAUUCUUCAUGGAUAUCCAUUUAUUGCUGUUCUCUCUCUCUUUUUUUUUUUUUUUUUUAAGAC